AUGGUUGAAGAAGCAUUUUUACAUGCGUUGAAGAAAAAGAGACACCAAGAGGCACUAGACCUACUUAACAAGACAACAUUCCACUAUAGCAACCGGAAAGAUGAGGCUACAGGAAAACAAUAUUUGCAUUUUGCAGCCUCUGAAGGUUACGUUGAAAUUGUUUCCAAAUUAUUGGAACAUAAAGCAGAAGUUAAUAGUAAAGAUAAGAAUGGAGAUUCAGCACUUCAUUUAGCCGCAAAGGGUCAACACGAGAUGGUCAUUGCAUUGCUGAUAGCGUUUGGUGCUAAACUGGACGAAAAGAACAAGAAUAAACAUUCAGCAUUAUAUAUCGCAGUACAAAACAAAUAUCCCAGAAUUGUGGACAUGCUACUGAAGUUUGGAAAACAACCGAACCUCACAGAAUGGGAAUGGGAUAUUCGAAAAAAGCUAAGUGCUAAAGAGGAAGAAAUAGUAAACGCUCUUGGUAAACAGUGCUCAUUCGUACCUGGAUUUGAAAGUGGAUUGAUCAAGAAAGAGGUAUUCUACGUGAAGCCAAAUACCAAGUGCUAUAGUGAAUCAAUGCAAGUUGAACUUGUUACAGAGAACAUAACGUCAUCUUUUGUUUUCCAACUUUACAAAAUGCAAAGUGAAUAUGCAGAUAAAAUCAAUUUAAAAAAAGACCAAGAAUCAUUUAGUGAUUUUUAUGAAUGUAGAACGUGGAAUUGUAAGGAAAAGGAACUACAAAUAAUGGUGACUGUAGGUGAUACACUUGGCAAAGGUCGAAAGCUCAAGUUUAUAUCUGUAGACAACAGUGUUGGAAAAGUGAAAAUAUCGGAUAAAGCGAGCAACGUUGAUGGGAGUAAAGAAGUAACAGUUGUAACCGUAAACAUUGAAAUAAAGGAUUGUGAAUAUACCAAAUUCACAAUAGCAACUGUUCCAAAAACCGAAAAAAUGAAUAUUCCUAAAGAAGGAGUAAUUCUUAAACCGAAAACAUCUCCUGGAACAGAAAUAUCUAUUCCACAAGACGCAUUUGAAGAGGACUCAAAACUCUCCUUAAAUGUCAUUGACACAGAGGAGACAAACAUUGAAGAGAACAAAUUCCUGAUAGCCACUGACGCUAUAGCUGUGCAUACAUCUGAUGGUGUUCAACCACAGAAAGAUAUUGACAUGAGACUUCCAAUUCAUACUGAACUCGAAAGCAAUGAUGUUAUAGUAAUUGGUUCCAAUGAUGACCAUCCUGAAUCUAUUGAUGACUGGGACAUUAUGGAACUGUCCGAUGAUGGUGAUGUUGGGUCCGUAUCUUUUAAGACUAACCAUUUCUCAAUGUUUGAUGGAGUUUCCAAAGCUUUAGCAAAAACACAAGAAGGUCUAAUCGAGAUACAUGAAGCAUUGGAAAAGACGAUAGCAAGAAAGAAAAGGGUUGUGUUCUUGGUGUUUACAAAAUUAGCUCAUGAAAAUGACAAUGGAAACAUUUCUUCGGCUGUUAAACAUACCAAUCCCCAAAGCCAAGGCGAAUUAAGUGUGGUGGUCUAUUGUGCAUUGUCAAGGAAACGACAAACUGUACAAGACGACUGGAAAGAGAAAGGCUAUCGGCUGGUUUGCACGUCUGCAGAUCAAAUUUGUACGGUUAACAGUGUAUUCCAGAUAUCAAUAUCUGGAAACGUCGAAGAAGUUUACCAUUCAAAAAUAAUUGAGUUGGAAUUUCAUCUGAAACGGGAAAACUAUAGAAUUAUUAAAGUUUGUCGUGUAGAGAAAGAAAUCGAACCGGAAGGUCAAAUGGAAAUCAAACAAAUAGAAGUAACUGUAAAAGAUAACAUGAUCACAGUGCCAUCUAAAACCUGUCUAUUUUGUACAGAAAUGACACAAGUUGUCAAAAAGGUUGAAAACAUCAUGCUCAAACCCCUUUUUGACUGCAAGUUCAGUUUCAUAGAACCAGCAACUACACCAUUACCAUCACCACCACCAGGUAUUGUUAUUGAUUAUGCUCCCUGA